AUGAAGAGGGGUAUCAAACAAGGCUGGCAUUUUGCUAAGGUGAUACUAAGAAAUUUAGCUCCAGCUCUAGUUCCUCCCACUUUUACAAGGGGAGGAAUCCUUCUCUUCACAAUCUAUCACGUUAAGAUCUUUGGACUGAUUCUCCUAGAGCUUCCCACUGGGAGGAAAGCUGGUGAUCAUACCAUGCCACAUGGACAGCAUAGACUUGUUACAUGGGCUACCCCAAGACGGAGUGUGGAAGACAUGGUUAAGUAA